UUCAUCUGGGGCAGGAGGGGGGCGGCCCCCCACCAAACACACCCCAGCCCCUCCCCCUGGCUCCACACUGGCUGCCUGCCCUUCCCUGCGCAGGAGAGGGGUUGGGAGCUGGCCACACACACACGCCAGCUCCCUCGGCAGCCGGACCACGCCGGCAGGUUAAACCUUGGAGGUGGAUCUGGAAAGGUGGUUCAGCUGCCUGGCCCUCCGAGGGACCCUCCGCCUGGCACCAGUUCCCUUGAAGCCACGGAGGAGUCCAGGCAGUGACUUCUCAGGGUGACUUCCGAGGAGGAAGAUGGCUGCCCAAGUGCUGCUGCAGACAGCACUGCUCCUGCUGGGUCUGCUCCUCCUGGUUCAAGGUGCCCAUGGCGGGGCCUUCCGGGAAGACUUCCGCUUCUGUGGCCAGCGAAACCAGACGCAGAAGAGCACCCUCCAUUAUGAGCAGACGACAGAGCUAUACAUCUCCAUCAAGAACUCCGAGGCAGCCCUCACCGUCUACGCCCCCUUCCCUACAGACUACCCAGCUUCCCGAUUUUUCCCUGACCCCAGGGGCCUCUACCACUUCUGCCUCUACUGGAACCGCCAUGCUGGGAAAUUGCACCUUCGCUACGGCAAGAACGACUUCUUACUGAGUGACCAAGCCUCUGGUCUCCUGUGCUUCCGACACCAGGAAGAGAGCCUGGCCCAGGGCCCCCCACUGCUUGCCACCUCUGUCAGCUCCUGGUGGAGCCCCAAGAACACCAGCCUGCCCAGUGCUACCGGCUUCACCUUCUCCUUCCACAAUCCUCCCCGGAAGGCCUCCCACAAUGCUUCGAUGGACAUAUGUGAGCUGAAACGGGACCUCCAGCUGCUCAACCAGCUUCUGAAGCACCCUCGGAAGAACUCAAGGAGGCCCUCAGCUACCCCUGCUGGCCAGAGACUGCAGAGCUUGGAGUCGAAGCUGACCUCCGUGAGGUUCACAGGGGACACGGUGUCCUUUGAAGAGGACCGGGUCAACGCCACAGUGUGGAAGCUCCAGCCCACAGCUGGCCUCCAGGACCUGCACAUCCACUCCCGGCAGGAGGAGGAGCAGAGUGAGAUCCUGGAGUACUCAGUGCUGCUGCCCCGUGUGCUCUUCCAAAAGACCAAAGGCCGGAGGGAGGAGGCUGAAAAGAGACUCCUCCUGGUAGACUUCAGCAGUCAAGCCCUGUUCCAGGACAAGAAUUCCAGCCAAGUCUUGGGUGAGAAGGUCUUAGGUAUCGUCGUGCCAAACACCAAAGUAGCCAACCUCUCGGAGCCUGUUGUGCUUACCUUCCAGCACCAGCCGCAGCCGAAGAAUGUGACUCUGCAGUGUGUAUUCUGGGUUGAAGACCCGGCAUUGAGCAGCCUGGGGAGCUGGAGCAAUGCUGGGUGUGAGACCAUCAGGAGAGAGACACAGACAUCCUGCCUCUGCAACCACCUGACCUACUUUGCAGUGCUGAUGGUGGCCUCUGUGGAGGUGGAUCCCGUGCACAAGCAAUACCUGACCCUCCUCUCCUACGUGGGCUGCGUCAUCUCCGCCUUGGCCUGUGUCCUCACCAUCGCCGCCUACCUCUGCUCCAGGAGGAAGCCUCGGGAUUACACCAUCAAGGUGCACAUGAACCUGCUGCUGGCUGUCUUCCUGCUGGAUGUGAGCUUCCUGCUCAGCGAGCCGGUGGCCCUGACAGGCUCUGAGGCUGGCUGCCGUGCCAGCGCCAUCUUCCUGCACUUCUCCCUGCUCGCCUGCCUCUCCUGGAUGGGCCUCGAGGGCUACAACCUCUACCAACUUGUGGUUGAGGUCUUUGGCACCUAUGUCCCCAACUACCUGCUCAAGCUGAGCAUUGUGGGCUGGGGCUUCCCCAUCUUCCUGGUGACACUGGUGGCACUGGUGGACGUGAACAACUAUGGCCCCAUCAUUCUGGCUGUGCACAGGACUCCGGACAGUGUCAUCUACCCUUCCAUGUGCUGGAUCCAGGACUCCCUGGUCAGCCACAUCACCAACAUGGGCCUCUUCAGCCUGGUGUUUCUAUUCAACACGGCCAUGCUGGUCACCAUGGUGAUACAGAUCCUGCGGCUGCGUCCACACACCCAGAAGUGGCCCCAUGUGCUGACUCUGCUGGGCCUCAGCCUGGUCCUCGGCCUGCCCUGGGCCUUGGUCUUUUUCUCCUUUGCUUCUGGCACCUUCCAGCUUGUUGUUCUCUACCUCUUCAGCAUCAUCACCUCUUUCCAAGGCUUCCUCAUUUUCCUCUGGUACUGGUCCAUGCGGCUGCAGGCCCAGGGCAAGCCCUCCCCGCUGAAGAGCAGCUCCGACAGCGCCAGGCUCCCCAUCACCUCGGGCAGCACCUCAUCCAGUCGCAUCUAGGCUGCCAGCCACCCACCCAGUGUGAAGAAGCAGAGAUGCGGCCUCCCCUCACCACUGCUUGUGGCCCCUGCAGCUGGGCCUGGCUGUUGGCAGGUCAGCCAGAGACUUGAGAAGGCCCGAGGACCUCGGAGGGUUGGAGCUGUUGCCAUGGCAGCUGGACUCCCAGGCUGGGCCUUCUGAAUUGGCGCGCGGACGACUCAGCUUUCAGGUCCAGCUCAUAAGUGUCUCGGGAGUGGAACCAUCCUCCUGGCAGUCCUAACAUGGGGCUAAAUGCCAGUCUUGACCCUCCUGCACUGGGCUCAGCUCUCGUGGCUGGAGAUUGGGAGCCCGCAGGCCCCAGAGUCAGGUCCCAGACCUUUGGAGACCUGGCCCUGUGCCCCCACCCAGGACAGAAAUGUGCCGUAGCUAUUCUGUUUCUGGUGAUCACCACGAGGGCACUCUGCAGCCCUGUCAUUUUAACACAGGGGUUGGGGCCAAGCUUCAGACCCUUGGAGGAGGAGAGCCCCUCCCCAGAGCAUAACAGCAGCUCCUCUGCCUCUGAGCUCAGGGCUUCAUUCUCCAUCAGCCUCCCCAGCCCUCCUCCUCCCCUCCCCUGUCCUCUACUCACAGCCCGGAGUCCCCGGUUCCAAUGGUAUAUUUUGGGUUGUGGUUCCCAAGAGCCGCCUGUGCCUGCUGUAAACCUUUAUCUACUGCAUAGGCCUUCACUGGCCCCUGACUCAGGCUUAGUUUAGACGUUCUGGGCUGGGCUAGGUCCGUCUGUCCUUCUGGGCCUCUCUAUAGACUGCAUCACCCUUGUUCACCACGGCCAAGCCCACACCUCUCAGCGGACCUCAGCCUCUCCCAAAGUCCUCUGGUGGCAAGAGCUGUGGAGCACAGCAGAUCAAAUUUGUUUCUAUCCAACAUUCUGAAGCCUGAGACAUGCCUCGCCUGGUGACACCACCCUAGAGCCCAUCACAGUUAAUUUUGUUGGAUACGGGUGGCCAAUCCCAGUCACUCACCCUGAAAACUUUCAAGCUAGUGUGUGGGGCGUGCAUGAGACAGAAACUCCUGGAGCUACAGGCAGGGGGUUGGGGGAGCUGCCAUCCUGGCAGGAAAUCCAGGAAGACUUCCUACAGGAAGGCAGCACUUGAUCUGGACCUCAGUCUAAAAGGUGGAGAGGACUUUCUUUUAAAUUACAAGUUCAUUGUCUUUUGGUGUUACAAAGAAGUACAUGUUCAUGGUAGAAAAUUUGGAAACUGUAGAAGAGAAUAACGAAGAAAUAAAAAUUGGCAGUUGUUAUCACCUCACAAGUCAAUGUA